AUGAAGUACAUGAAAAGAAGCAGCAAUCUCAAUGUGUUGCUGGUUGGAGCCUCCAACUCAGGAAAGACCUCUUUUGUCAGAACACUCGCAGCAGCUGAGGUAGAGUCUGAAGGAGAGAUGGCAGAGCACCAGAUAUCAGUAAACAACAGCGCAAUAAAGAUAUACGACUGCAGGGGAUACGGCAGAGAGCAGGAUAUGCAAGAAAAGUUUGCAAGUAUAGAUGUGUUUGUGAGAGACGGAAACAAAAGCUUUCUCCAGGAGGAAAUAAAAAUAGAAAGAGACCCACACUUCGAAGACAAGAGAAUACACUUGAUGGUGCUGUUCUCAUCUCCUGCAUACAAGGGAAUGAAAGACCACGACAUUACGCUCCUUCGCAUGAUGAACACGAAAGUCAACACUCUUGUGGUGAUUCCCAAGUGCGACUACUACACAAAAGAAGAGCUGGGCCUCCAAAAGAGGAAAAUAAUAGAUCUCCUGAAGUCCAACAACAUAGAUACCUUUGGCGUAGAAGAGCACGAAGAUGCCACUGUCUACGCACUCUUCAGCGCUGAAAAGAAAAUGAUAGACGGUGCUCUCUACGCUGGAAGAGAGCUUCCCUGCGGAACAGCCAAAGUUGAAAAUAGCGAACACUCCGACUAUUUGGAGUUUCUCAAAAUACUGGAGCACUCACGAGAAGACCUGGUGGGGAUAACACACACGCACUUCUACGAGAAGUACAGAACAGCCAUGCUUAAGUGA